GCCUGGGCAAUACACAGCUGUCCAUACUGUAGGCAUACAUGUACAAGUACAAAAAAAUGUACAUGUAGGGUAGGGCUUUUCUGACUUGUGCUAUUUUUAGCUGAGGAAGUUUGGAUUUUUGUUUGAGUACAUAAAUGAAAAUGUAGGCAAAGUUAAACUUAUUGUAUGCUGCCAAUCAUUUCAAGUCAGUAAAUUAUUAAGAGAGAGUUGUGUUUUACUAUGUAGCCUUUACAGGUGUACCUAAUGGGACUGGCGAGUGAAUUGCGUUAUUUCAUGCAUGUUGCAUUUGUGUACCGGUAGCCUGUAUUGGGAUUAUUUUUCAUGUUGUGAGGAAUAGGCCAUCCUUGCUUGUCAUCCUUCGGGAAUAAAACUUAGCAAUCUACCAAAUAUUUCAAAUUCAAAUCCAAAAUGCAGACGAUAAAAUGUGUAGUUGUUGGGGACGGAGCUGUUGGUAAAACAUGUCUACUCAUCUCAUACACAACAAAUAAAUUCCCUUCAGAGUAUGUUCCAACGGUAUUUGAUAAUUAUGCAGUAACUGUUAUGAUUGGUGGUGAGCCGUAUACACUGGGUCUAUUUGAUACAGCAGGACAAGAAGAUUACGACAGACUUCGACCUCUCAGCUAUCCCCAGACGGAUGUCUUCCUUGUCUGUUUCUCAGUUGUAGCGCCCUCAUCAUUUGAAAAUGUCAAAGAAAAGUGGGUACCUGAGAUAACUCACCAUUGUCAGAAAACACCAUUCCUGCUGGUUGGAACACAGAUAGAUCUCCGUGACGACCCAGCGACCAUCGAGAAGCUUAUGAAGAACAAGCAGAAGCCUACGACGGGAGAAGCCGGUGAGAGGAUGGCAAAGGAACUGCGUGCCGUUAAAUAUGUAGAGUGCUCCGCUCUCACACAGAAAGGACUGAAGAACGUCUUUGACGAAGCCAUCCUAGCUGCGUUGGAACCACCCGAACCAGUCAAGAAGAAGAGGUGUCGUCUCCUUUAAGAAUUGAAAGAUCGUGAGAAUAAUCUUUAAAAAUAAUAUCUUAAUGGUCCCCUGCUUGGAGGGAUGUGACACCAACCUCAAAUUAACCCCUGACAUACCGGAUAUAAUCACUCCCAAUCAUGUAAACUAUAUGGAUAUACCUUAAUCCGGUAUGUAAGGUGUUAAGGUUUGGAGCUUGGAGGGGGGCAAAGGGGAGAUGAUUGAAGCGGUAUACAGGAAUGGGAACGGGAGUUCUGAUUGAGCUUCCAUAUAAAGCUUGGUAUGGAUGAAAAAUGGUGUAACGCUAAUUUCAAGGGUUAUUUGUAUCAUUCUUCCCAGAUUUAUAAUCGAUGAGGUAUACUGCUAGAAAAAUAACAUGAGUAAUCUUGGUAUUUAGGAUUUUGUGGGGUAUGUUCGUAAGGUGGCCGGGUCGGUGAUCAAAGGUAGGCCAGGCUUGGGUUAGAUUGAAGACAAUGUAAAUUUGAAUUUAAAGGUUUUUGAGGGUGUUAUUGAGAAAGUGUGAAAAUUAAAAAAUAUAUAUGUCAAAUUUGUAAUUUGAUUUAUUUAACAACAUGUGACAUCGCAUCAAUUGUGAGUAUGUGUGAUACAGUGAUCUAUCCUUCAAUUUUUGCAAACUAAAAUAAUUUACCUCUGAAUGUGAGGAAAUUUCUCAAAAGCAGAUUGAAGAAACGAAACUUGGUGCCUAUAGUAAUGUAAAUAUCAGCUAGACUUCUGUGCCAUUGUUUCUGUAGAGUUCAGAGAAAAGCCAGUUUUUAGUGACAUCUGUGGAGCCUAAGUUUAAGUAAACUUUCUCCACUUUUAUGAUUCACAAUGACAAGAUAGCUUGUAAAAAGAAUAAUUAGACUGAUCGAUGACGAGUGUUUAUGCUUGCGUGCAAGUUUUGAGGUUUUGUGUCAAUAUUUUUUAAGUAUACCAGGGACUACAAAGAUAAUCGUUUUCUACCAAGCUUUUAAUUUUUUCCGAGAUGUACAUCAUACAAUUUAUCCUCCCCCCUUACUCCAAGUUAUUUCCAUCAUAUGUAUAUUAUCUAACUCUUAAGUCUUCUAGUAAUGUAUUUACUCAUAUCUUAUUAUUGUUUGUUGUACAUAUAUGCUUAACGUUUAUUCUAGAAAUAUAACUAUCACUAGUGAUGGAGGUGUAUGUGUUUUGUAUACCAAAAGGUGUUCGUGCAUGUAGGAGUUCUUUGAAAAUGAUAGUCCACCCUAACAUCAAGUCGAGCUCAGUAGAUAAAAUCGCAAAUAGACACACUCAUAUACUUACGUAAGACCGUGGGAGCAGAUCUAAAUUUGAAAUUGCUUCAUUUACUCGGAUUUUAAUAUGCAGUCAUGUAAACAUGAAUUGGCAGACUUGUGGGUCUUUGCAUAAAUGCGACUUUGUGUGAAAACAAAAUAAGAAUAUAAAUGGGAAUCUUUUUUUUUCUGUUGUUUCACUAACUAUAUACAUGUAUUACUCUGAUUCUCAGUUUGUUUGUUUUUCUACAUUUUAAAAAAGGAAACUUCUACAAAUUAGGGUGGGCUGAUCCUUUUAAAAAGAACCAUUUUGCAUGAGUUAGGUGGAUGAUAAGAAAUUUAUUAUGAAAUGAUAAACAAGAUGAUUUACUGCAAGCAUCAUGUACCAAUGUAUGCCAUUUGUUCUUGGUAGGUCUUUUUAAGAAUAAGAUAUCGCCUACAUUUUCAUAUUAUGUACAUUUAACUGUAUUAGUUGUAAACUAGCUGUUAUAAUAGAAAGUUAUAUCAUGCUUGAUUUGAAAAAAAAAGUAUAUUUAAUACAGGAAUAUUGUAUGAUUGAAAGAUAUAAGCAUCUGUUCCGGCAUGAAGCCAGCUUUUCAAUUGGAUCUCCGUUACAUUUCGGUUUGUAGUGCAGAAUGAUUGACGAUUUGCCAUUAAGACAGUAAUGUUGCGUUACAGUCUUUAACAUUCCUCAAUACAUGUACAUCUUGCAAGGUCAGGCAAAGCUUCUAAUAGUGUAUGUAUGUGAUAUUCAUUGCAGUCGAGUCUGCAAAUACUUCAAUUUCUUCAAGAAUAAAUAAAUUGAGUAGAUGCAAGAUUAGUUGAAAUCUAAUUAUCUCCUGUGUGUUUGCUUGUCAAGUCAAGAUAUCAUCAGCUUAUUAGAAAUCUAAUUCUGAUCAGACUGUUUCUUAUUAAUGUUUUAUUGCAAAAUGUUAUGUUUAACAAAAUCUAUGAAUGUAACAUACAUUUUGACACUUUAUUGCCUUAGAAAUGUGUGAACCCUGACACAUACAUAUUUGGAGGUUAGUCUGAAAAUUUCCUGACACAUUCUGUGUUUUUAUUUCUCAUAUUGCAUGACUUAUUUUAAAGUAAAUACUUGCUCAAGCAGCAUCAGCACAAGCUAUUUGGCUGUGAAUACAUGGUGAGAUAGACUCAUAGGAGCGCAAUGUGAUAUGGCCUGUGGGGUUUUUCACUUGGUUUAUUUUCAGUUUUAAAUAAAGUACCAAAAAAAAUUAGAUGGAAUAUACCAGAUAACAGAAGAUUGUAGGAAGUUCAAAGAAUGAACUCAUUUCAUGAGAAGAAUCUUGUACAAUUCUACUCUGUUUUUAACAAGUUUGUAUUUGUUAGUACAGUGAACCACUAUGUAAUCUAGACAUUCCGUUUGUGUAGAUAACCAUUUGUUACUUCAGUCCAUGCAAAACUCAAAAGAUAUACAAAUACUUAGAGCUAGGUUCAGUGAAUGCACUUGUGUAACUUUGAUAGAGAUAAUCUCAGAUUGCAUGUUGAGAAAUCAAUUAAGAUUGUGAUUAUAAUUUAUAUAAUUUAAUGCCACUCACUUUCUUUCUUUUUUGUAGAAUCUUUAAAUUUAAUUAUGCAAUUUAUAUUUUUUAUCUUUUUUUUUGUACAAUUAAAAUUCCUUUGAAAUUUGCAUGCACAUACAGGAACCCUUUUAUUGUUGAUAGAUUCAAGAAAAUUGAGUUCAAUGAAAGCCUUUCAAAAGAAGAAAACUUUGAUAAUGUUUUUACAUGUAUGUGAAUUUGAUUUGAGGGGCUUUGGGAUUAUUUAAAUGUUGAACAGAUUUGGAUAGAAGAUUGAUAAUAUCUGUCUUUGUGUUCUGUUAUUAAGCAUGGUGUCUGUAACCUGCUAACUCCUUGGUUUCUCAUCAAUUGUAUAUAAUGUCGGUGAACAACUUAUCUUGUUUCUCACAAUAUUGCAUGUAUUGGGCUCGUGGUUUCCAUCCACAAAUUUAAAUAGGGAUUGAAGAUCAGUAAUUUGUAUAGAUGUUAACAGUGCAAAGAAUAUGUACAAUGAAUCGUUCUUCAUGGGUCUUUUUUCACAAAAGUAAUCUUUGAAACAAAGUAUUAUAAUACACAAAUUACUUUAUACACUGUUUGAGUAACAUUCUAUGAAGCUGUUUUUAUGUCUUGAUUUGUUUUCUUUGUAAUGUAUGGUUACCAUGGUAACACAGAAUAUGUAAACUUCUGCAUGCUUUCGUCAUGCACUUCUGCGUCUAUUUUUUACAAUUUAAUUCACCCAAAAUUUUUAUUGACAGGGUUGCAUGUAGUUGUCUGUGUUUAAAAAAAUGUCUCACUAUUUAUAGACAGAAAACAUCAAUAUCGGAUCUGUAUAAGGCAUAUCUGUUUCAUGAGAAAUAGAAGAUUUAACAUGUACAUUGUAUUGUAUCUCCUAAAUAUAUUAGGUUUUUUCUGAUAUACUUGUUAUAUCACUCUAUAUCCUAUAUGACUUUUAAGCAAUCCGUCACAUAUCCCAAAUUCAUAUCUUUAUCUGCGAUUUCAAUGUUUGGUAAAAGAUCAGAAAUUAAUUUUUUGAGCUCUCUGUAUAAACAUCUGUGAAUGAUGUUGAUUAAAAGAAGAAAAUUGUAAAAUGUUAUCAAUAAGUUACCAAUAAAUAGGGAAAAAUAA